AUGACAUCGCUGAGGUGUGUCAGGUGAAAGCUUUCUGGUGAAAAUCACAUUCACACUUGAUGGAAAGUUCCUCAUGCAUUUCUGGAUUGACAAGCGCAGCCAGACGUGUGGGUAUAACGGGCGGCGCUCACUGCCUAUGGGCUGUGGGACAAGACGGCCCCGCUGCAAGCCCAUGGUUACACCUGUCCACCGGUUUACACCGAUUGACUGUGGGCGGCGUAGCCAGCUGUCAGUGCCGCCCACAUUCGGUUCAUCCUCUGGCUCCCACCGACAGCCUGGGCCUCAUGCAGUUGAGGUGGACAGUAGUGUCUUCCUAGACUUGCCACUGGAACCAGCAACUGAAGCCACUGUCCACAGUAUAGCUCAACAACAGCUGCUGCCUGUAGGUCGUGUUAGGUGUGGCAUGUGGGCAUCAUUUGCACUUGCCACAGUUUUUGUGGCAGGAGCAAAAUUCUAUUUUGAUCAUGAGGGAGUACAUGGUACUGGGCUGGAGGUGUUGGUGUUCUGUUCGUUGCUGGUUGUGUUCCUGCUCGCAGGUUGUACUGUGUCGUUGUGUCGAUCAAGAGUGACCCGGGAAUUACUUUCAGCUGCAGUAGCCUCAAGUGCUGUUCAUGUCCAAUCUGCCCAGGCUGUAGCAACUUCUUCAUCAGCAACACCUGUCCACCAGACUCGUGAACGUCCUGUUGAAACAACGAGUGUGACAGUUCAGCAAGAAGUGGCUGAAAGGCAAGUGGUUGCCUUACCUUCGUCAAAUACAGUCCAAGUUCCUGAACCACCUCCCCCACCCUACCAUGUUGCAGUUCUGCUACCAGUUCAGCAGAGACCACAUCCACCUGGUGAUGAGUCGCCUCCACCCUCAUAUGAGAAGGCUGUAAGCUAAAAAUGAACCUAUGAACUUCUAAAUGAGAAGCUUGAGUCAUUCCUCUUUGUGCAAUGAGUCAUCAUAGUACUGAUAUCAUGAUAUAGUUUACUUUGAGAGAAUGCUUUGAUUUUCUCAUCUAUAGACUUCCAUGAAAUGAGUGAAUCUCUUGUUGGCUAAAAUAGUGUGGCUGGAAAUAUGCUGAAUUUUCUACCUGUUUGACAAAUAUUUUUAUGCAUCGUCAAGAGAAAUAGUUUGCAUCAACACAGGAAGAAGUUUUGUGAAUUGUUUGUGACUUGUGCAGUAAAACUGAUAGCUAAGAUUGCAUUUGAUAAGCUAACUGUCUGUUGACUCAUUUUAUACCUCAUUUUCAGUGUAGAUUUGCAUAUUUGAGAGUACCAGUAUACAGAAUGACUAUAAUGGAAAGAUGGGAACUAUCACUCUGACAAGUUCCCUCAUGCUUUUCAUUUAAAUGAUUGUUAUUGCACAAGUAUUAUUUACAUAUUCCAGUCUCUCAUGUCCAU